CGGCGACGUCUGUCUGCCUGCCUGCCUGCCUGCCUGCCUGCCUGUCCCCCGCUUCCCCGCUUCGCGGCCUGGCCUGGCCUAGCUUCGCCCGCGGGCCGGGGCGGUGCGGUGCGGUGCGCGCGUGUCCGCGGCCAUGUCUGCCGCGCGGGGCCUCCGCAUCUCGGUGAAGGCGGCCGAGCCGGAGCCCAUGGAGGUGGAGGGGGGCGAGGAGGAGGAGGAGGAGGAGGAGGAAGGCGAGGAAGGCGAGCUGCUGCUGCUGCUGAAGGCCGGAGCCGAGGCGGCGGCGGCGCUGGGCGGGCCGGGCAGGCGCUCGCUGCGGGAGCUGCUGCCGGACACCAGCAGAAGAUACGAAAACAAAGCCGGGAGCUUCAUCACCGGCAUCGACGUCACCUCGAAGGAAGCGAUUGAGAAGAAGGAGCAAAGAGCGAAACGCUUUCAUUUUCGUGCAGAGGUGAAUCUCGCCCAAAGAAACGUGGCGUUGGACCGGGACAUGAUGAAGAAAGCCAUCCCCAAGCUGCGGCUGGACACCAUCUAUGUUUUCGGUGUGGAUGAGAUGAGCACGCAGGACAUCUUUGCCUACUUUAAGGAGUACCCUCCCGCUCACAUUGAGUGGCUGGAUGACACAUCAUGUAACGUCGUCUGGCUCGACGAAGUCACGGCCACCCGAGCGCUCAUCAACAUGAGCUCCAUGCCUGAGGAGGAGGAGAAGAUGAAACCCCAAGAAAACAGCAAGAAAGUGGAGGACUCCAGCAAGAAAGAGAAGCAAGAGGACAGCUCCGAUGACGAGACGGAGGAGGGAGAGGUGGAGGACGACCAUCCAAGCGACGCUGAGCUGGACACCCUCUCCCCGGUGGAAGAAGACUCCCUCCUGCGGAACGACCUUCGCCCCGCCGGCAAGCUGGUCAAAGGCAACAAGCUCUUCAUGCGCUUUGCCACCAGAGAUGACAAAAAGGAGCUUGGUGCUGCCAGGAGGAGCCAAUAUUACAUGAAAUACGGGAAUCCCAAUUAUGGAGGCAUGAAGGGGAUCUUGAGCAACUCCUGGAAGCGGAGGUACCACUCGCGCCGGCUCCACCGCGACGUGAUUAAGAAAAGGACUCUCAUCGGGGACGACGUGGGCCUGACGCCGCCCUACAAGCAUCACCACUCAGGUUUAGUCAAUGUUCCCGAGGAGCCCAUUGAGGAAGAGGAGGAAGAGGAGGACGAGGACGACCAGGACAUGGAUGAAGACGACCGUGUGGUUGUGGAGUACCGAGACGAGCUGCAGGCGUUCAAGCAGUCCCGCGAGCGGAGCGCGUCUCGGCGGUCCAGCGCCAGCGAGUCCGACUCGGACGAAAUGGACUACGACCUGGAGCUGAAGAUGAUCUCGACGCCGUCCCCAAAGAAGAACAUGAAGAUGACCAUGUAUGCCGACGAGGUGGAGUCCCAGCUGAAGAGCAUCCGGAACUCGAUGAGAGCAGACAGUGUGGCCUCCAGCAACGUCAAGAAUCGGAUUGGCAGCAAAGGCGCGUCGGAGAAGGUGGCCGACGUGCGGCAGCUGCUGCAGGAGAAACGGCAGGGGGCUCCCGGGGGGCAGCAGCAGCAGCAGCAGCCCCUGCUCAGCGCCGUGAAAUCCGACGUCCGGCAGCGGCUUGGCAAGAGGCCGCACUCGCCAGAAGCCCAGCAGCAGCAGCAGCAGCAGCCGCCGCCCAGCGGCCCCUCCGCCUCUCACCGCGAGCCUGUGUCCGACGUGCACAGCCGGCUCGGGAUCCCCAAGCAGGAUGGCAAGGGCCUCUACUCGGAUGCCAGAGAGAAGAAAUCCGCAAACCUGUGGACGCGUUUAGGAUCCGCAUCGAAGACGCAGGAGAAGGUCCCUGAGAGAGCUGAGAAAGCCGCGGCGGUGCCCGAAGAAGACGACUCGGAGCUGCAGCGGGCCUGGGGAGCGCUCAUCAAGGAGAAGGAGCAGUCCCGCCAGAAGAAAAGCCGGCUGGACCACUUGCCCUCGCUCCAGAUCGAGAUCAGCCGCGAGAGCAGCUCCGGUUCAGACACGGAAUCCUGACUGCCUUGGGGCCCCCGUCCGGAGACUUUGCCCUCCCCCCCACCCCCCCCCCGUGCGCCUGGCCUGGGCCGCCUCGGGAGCCCAGCUCUGCCCUCCAGCCUCCUGCUCCCAGGAACCUGUGGCACGAGAUGGCCCUGCGUGGCCGAGGGAGUGCGAGUGCGUGUGCGUGUGCGUUCCCCUAGAACGCCUUCCGGGGCUUUGUAGAAGACAUGUGCGUUCCUAAGGUUUCCCACCUACUGUUCUGAGGGAGGGAGGGAGGGAGGGAGGGAGAGCCUCCAGCUGUUCCCUCCAAGGCUACGGAUCUUUCCUUGACGAUCACCUUUGCCUUUCUGGGCCCUCUCUGGGCAACCGGCCAGCGUGGGCUCUCUGUGGGUCAGCUCUGGCCCCCGCGGCCCCCUCCCCCUCCCUCCUCUGCCUCCAGAAUGACCCGUGAAUGUAGAUCCAAGCGGAGGCACCACCAGCAACCGGCCGCCUCUGCCAUCCGCGGCAGCAGUUCUGGUUCAGAAGCCAACCUGAACUGACUUUCUGUGUUUCAGGAAACUUGCCUACCUAAAAUGAAGAUUGAACAGUUGGAAGCCUUUGAAAGGGUGCAUACAAUCCUGGAAGGUGCUUUUUGGUUGUUAUUGAAAGUAACCUUAAAAUAAUUUCCAUCUGUAUAAUGUUCAAAGGAAUCCAGCAAUGGAAAUACUAAUUUUUAUAUAUAUAUAUAUAUUUGUGACUUUUUUUUUUUGCUGUUGGCUAAAGUGAAAGCGACCGUGGUAGUUUCAUACGUGCAGUUCAAAUUAUAUAUAUAAAAAUAUGGGGCGCGUGUGUGUGUGUGUAUAGGAUAGGGCGGAAUCUCAGCAUGUAGCAUCUGCUGGGAACUUCCGCAAAAGUCUUCCAAAAAUGAGUGGAGGUUCCUGGUGGAUCAUGGCUCUUUUCUGGGAAUGGGAUGCCUCCCUUUCAUCACGAUUUCUCAUUGUCAUGGCUGUCUGUGGUGGAUUCCCCCGCCCCCGCCCUCAAAAUUCCCGCUUGGCUCCGUGUCCACGCGUUCCGUGGCUUUUCCUUCUUUCCUCUUUGCUAGAGCGGGAGCCUCUCCCUGAUUUUACCUACUAGCCAAUCUUUGGAGGCUUUGGAUAAGCAAGGGGAUCCUCUGCUGUGAGCUUCUUUGACAGCACAGGAACUAGCAAGCUUCUAAACAACCAAAUCUGGCAAGGCGUUGGAGGUCAGUGGACAGCAUUUGGUUUCAGCGGCUUUUCUGCUUUGCAUGGAUCCUCUUCUGUUUAAAUACGGCUUCUAAAGCAUCCUGGUUUGUUGCUCCCAAACAAGCCAGGAUUCUUAAGCCAACAGCCCAGAGUGUAUUUGGGAUGUAUCAAACGGGUGUCUUGUGCUCAGCCGCCACAAUAUGCUUGCGUAGACAAACAGGCUGUGGGCCACGGCAUGCUUCAUGCUCACAGUAUGAAGCCAGGAAUCCUGGCUUAUUCUGUGUUCGAACAUAGACAGUAGCUUGUUUCAGACGCACAGAGGUGAGUGGGCGAGCGGCUGCCGUAGCUCAUUUCCUGUGGGUUCCUUGCAGGCAGACAGGUUUGCUGCCCCUCCCCAUUUCCCAAAAGUAUUGGAAGGCCUCCGUGUCUGAGUUGGCUGUUGGUGGCCAUGGUUUAGCUUUGCCUUGGAAUUCCCGCUUUGCUUGAGGGUUUCAGUUGUACAUUUUAUUGUGUGCACUAAAGAGAACAAAUGGAAGACACUCGUUGGCUGGUGGUGUCUAGAUGGGACCAGUUUCCUUGUUGCUUUGAGAUAUGGAUCUAAUAAAUUUUCUGUUGUUGUUA